AUGGACGAGAUGACGGAGCAAAGCGGUACUCCUACAACUUUGGAGCUGCUGGCCGAGUACAAUGAGCGUAGGAAUGAAAGAGAUAAAGCCAUUGAAUACAUUGAGAAAAGAGCAGUCAGCGAGAACAGCAAGCCAUCGUACGACGAUCUUUUUAAGGAGAAUGUCAAACUUCGAUUGCAGAUUCAGGAACAAGCAACUGAGAUAGAAAGUUUAGUCAAAGUAAUAGAAGGCUUGAGAAAUUCAAAAGUGAGGAGUGGAGAGAUCCUGGUGACGGACGACGAUGGAUCAGAGAAGAAUAACGCAAGGUCAGAGGUAAAUCUACCGCCAAGGUCAGCGGAUAGAAAUAGAAAUACCAAGAAUCUAAGUAUACCAAUACCGAACCUUGCAGUAUCGAAUGAAAUGUCAAAUCAUAGGGUUCCUCAGAUAGACGUCAGAGCCGAAAUGUCAGAUGAGUCGAACAGGACAGAGGCUGCGAAGAAGACGACUUCAAUUGGGAACAUUAUCUCACCUAGCAAUUCGAUCUCUGGCAGACCCCUUAACACUCCUCAAGCGGAGGCAAGUCCAGCAACAUCUGUUCAGUACACGACUUCCAGAAUAUCAAUAACUUCUCCACAAAGUCCCCGCCGUAGCGCGGUGCAAACGCGUAUCCGCUCUCCUCAAAGUGCGAACCGUGUUACGGCGGUGGUCAAUAACCAAGUGCACUCGCCUUUAAGAUCUAAUGACAGCGCCGAUACGCUUGAGGCAGCCCACAGCCCCUUAUUACCUGAAAGUAUAUCGAAAGAGGAUAAUAAAAGUCCUGACAAAAGUAGGCUAGGUUCAAAACUUCAGAACAGUGCGACAGAUUUCUCUCCUGGUUCGAAACAAAAUUUGAAUAGCUUUACUGAGUUUCUGGAAGACACAUUUGGUGAAGAGGGGCAAGAAUCGCCAUUAAAGAACAUCAAGGAUUUUAAGGAUGCUAAAGACGCUAUUAAACCACCUGCCCCGCCCUCAUUUGCUUCAUUGAGCGCCAAUAAAGGCUCUCCAAACUCCCUCAAACUGAGAUCUCCGGUAAUUCUGACGAGGAGGGAUAACGUAAAUGAGCAUGGCAUGACCCAAGCGGUAGAAUCACGUCCGCCGGUUGGUAAGGAUAAUUCGUCUGACAGCAAGGAUGGUGCAAGUAGUAAGGAGCUAGACGCUGAGAGCUUCCUCACGAAGUCCGCAGGUACGGCACAUGCCUCAAGCUCUCAAGGCAGCACCAUGCUCGAGGUAGGAAGGCGACAUGGAGGAAGCGUGAGUUCUGGUAAGUCUUCAGCCUUCUCUUUCAAGAACGAUGUACCUCUUUUCGUUCAACCUGAAGAAUUUGGAAGUAUCAGAAUAGAGUUACUCAGUACUUUGUACUUAGAAGGAGACUCUGCUACGACCCAGUGUAAGCUUCUUUUUAGCGUGGUUGAUCGGAAGACAGAUAAAGAGAUGUUCAAGUUCUCCAAGAAUGUUGCCCAACUUUACGAGAUGGACGCGAAUGUUAGGCCCAAAUUGUCGUUCUUUGCAUUGCCAAACCUACCAGAGAGGGCUGUGUUUGACAGCUUAAUACCCACUAAAGUUGACAAUAGGCGGGAGAGAAUCAAUCAAUAUUUUUACACGAUAUUCAGCAUACCCGAUUUCCCUGCAACUGCGGGACUCCAAAUUGCACAAUUCAUGAGCACAGACACCGUUACCAACCCAAUGCUUCUAGGCGAUGCAGUAAAAGAAGGCUCACUACUCAUGAGGAGAGCCAAAGCACUUAGCAGUGGGCCCAAUUGGCGAGUUCGUUAUGGCGUUUUAAGUGGAGAGGUAUUGCUUCUUUAUGAUCGAGGUCAGCUUGCUGAAAGAGUGAGACUAAGACAAUCAUCUAUUGAGCUGCUUCCUAACCUUCCGGAAGAUAAGUAUGGAACGAGAAAUGGGUUUGUUAUAGUGGAGCAUAAAAAGAAUGGUCUGUCCAGCACUACCAGAUACUAUCUAUGCUCUGAAACUUCAAGGGAACGAGAAUUAUGGGUUUCUGAAAUUAGCGGUCUUAUUACAAAUCCCCUAAUUCCGCCAUCAUCCAGCGCAGGAAGUAUCAGUACCGUUGCAGAAAAUGCUUCCUCCUUCUCAAAAGCAGAAAGCUCUAACGGCCUCGAUCAAGUAUAUGUUACAGAUCUGACGAAUGAUGUAAAUUCCUUUGUUGCUGACGAUAAUUCAAACAUUUCUCCUCAGGAUGUCGACGAACCAUCAGACUACGAUAAAGAAAACAGAAGAUUGAAGAUGAGAAGUUUCUUCCCUUUCAAAAAGCUUGCAAGCAACGCUUUGAGUAUGGUCAGCGACGAAGGAGCUGCGGAAGAAUCCUUUGAAUCAGAAGCCAAGUUUUCAGACACUUCAAUAGCCAAAUCACUGGAAUCGAUGAAUUUAAACGGCACCAUUACCAAUACCAGCGCCGUUUUUGGAAGCUCCCUCACAAGAUGCCUAGAACUGAGUUCCCAUCUCUAUCAAGGCAAAUAUCAGAUACCAAGCGUCGUCUAUAGGUGCCUAGAGUUCUUAUACAAGAAUCAUGGCAUACAGGAAGAGGGAAUAUUCAGGUUGAGUGGCUCAAGCGCUGUGAUAAAGUCGUUGCAGGAACAGUUUGACAGGGAGUACGAUGUCGAUCUCUGCAAUUACAACAAUGAUAUGCAAAAUAACGGAAAUGCAUCUAGCGGCACCUUUAUUGAUGUCAAUACUGUCAGCGGUUUGCUGAAGUUAUAUUUGCGAAAAUUACCACAUUCAAUACUUGGAGAAGACAACUUCAUUUCAUUUAAGAAUAUUGUUGAUUCAAACCAUCAAAAUCCUUCACAGAUUGCGAUUAAGUUCAGAAAUCUGAUAAACAGCGGCGCAGUUCCCCAGGCGAAUGUUUCCUUGAUGUAUGCACUGUUUGAGCUAUUGGUCCGAAUAGAAGAGAAGAAUUUUUAUAACAAAAUGAAUCUGAGAAACCUUUGCAUUGUUUUCUCGCCCACAUUAAACAUCCCUGUUACUAUUCUUCAGCCCUUGAUCAUCGAUUUCAAUUGUAUUUUCAAGGGCGAAUCUCCAAUUGAGCUGAAUGAAAGAGAGCAUCUGGAUCUAAACAUUCCUCAGCUUUAA